AAUUGGAAGAAAUGGACAUGAUUCCGGGUCCAGUCAUUCUCACAUUGGCUCAAGAUAUGCUAGAUUGUUCAAUUAGAUCCACUAGCAAGAAUUUAACAAGGAAUGGACGGAAUGAUGUGAACAACAAUAAUAGUUCAACACAAGUAUUAGAUUCAAGCAGGUUGCAUCAAGAUAGUGGUGGUAGUGGCGUUAAACAAUUUGGUGCUAUAAAUGAUGUAAAUGCUAGCUUGAAAAACAUUGCUGCUCCAAGUGCGAUCCUUAGGCUUGUUAGAUUGGAGUUCUGA